AUGACGGAAAACGAGUACGCUACAUGGAGUCUGACUGAAGAGGGAAAGCAAUUUCUGGCUGCCUAUAUAACAAGUGAGGAUGUUAAUAUAAUGGAAGUUGGGGUGGAAACAUCUGGGGGUGCAAAGAUAGUCUUUUCUUCAACUACUCCGUUAUCCCUUACUCAUAAUGUUGGAAACUCAGAUAUAGAAACUGAAGAGGCGGAUAUGAGAAAAAGCAAGAGAACCAGAGAAACAGAGGCGCAGAUUAAUCCCAUCCAAACUCUUAUUUUAUCCCAAAAUCCUAAUCCCUGCAUCACCCAUGAAAAACCUAUUUUUCAAAGUUCUUGCAAUGGAGAUGAUGAAAUGAUAGAUUACAGUGAUAUCCCAGCUGAGAACAGGAUGGAAUACCACCUUAAUUCGAUGAUUGAUAAUCGUUCUAUGGAAUUUGAUAGCGCGAAAUCUGAACACAAUGGAUCUGAUUCACGGAAUCACUUUGGAAAUUCUGCAACUUCAAACCAGAUAACUCAGGUAGCUUCAUUGGAUGCAAGCUCAAGGCAGGGUCAGUGAGGAAUGCAGAAGAAGCAGAAAGCCUGGCGGUUUUGGAGGCAGUCCAAUGGGAAAAAGGGAAAAGUCUACAGAAAAUUUGUUUUAUCAGUGAUGCUAAAUUAGUUAUUGAGUCUCAGAACUCAUCUUCAAACCAAUUAUACUGGUAUAAUAAAACAGUAAAAACAAAGAUACUCUCUCUCUUUCUUCUUCUUCUUCUCCGACAAAAACACCUCUAAGAACUCCUUAUCUGCUUAGAUCUAGUUCAUUUUGGGCUAGAUCUGAGCAGGAUUCUUCAUUUUUUCUUGCUUUCUAGGUUAGUUAGUAAAUUAACUUUAGUUGUUAUCAUGCUUCUUAGUUAUCUACACCAUUAUGGUGGUUUUAUCUCCUCUUUGAAGGUUUAUCUACGCUUUAUGGCGGUUCUUGGUUACUAGUUUGGAUUUUAAGAUCAAUAGGAAUGUUCUACAACGACGAAAA